AUGUUACUUAGUCGUUUUCAAGACUGGAUCCUUACUGCACUAAUGUCAUUACAAAUUGAUAAAAAACAAGAUCUUACACACGACGCUCAAUUGAAAACUAUGGGAUAUGUCUAUCCAGCAAGACGUGACUGUGAUAUUCCAAUUCCUGUUAUUGUCACAAAACCUUACCCCUUGGUUGCUCCCUUUGCUCCUGUAAUUGGUGGAUUUGGUCGUGGAUCUACUGAACUAGGCUGUCCAACCGCCAAUGUUGAUCCCAAGAAUGUUCCUUGGUUAGUUAGCCACAAUGAUAGUGAAACCUCUAGUGGGUUGAAUGAUUCUGGGAUAGCUGAUACUGGUGUAUAUUUUGGGUUUGCUCGUGUACGCCCUGCUAAACAUGAUACCAAUGCGGAGACUAUUCUUGAGAUUGAGCGUGCAGGUACUAAUGGAACUGAACGUCGUAAUGUGGAAUUUAACUAUGGUGCUCUGUUAGAAAAAUCACAAGGUGAUCUAGAAGUUUUGCCAGCCGUAUUGUCUGUUGGUCUAAACCCAUAUUAUGGCAAUAAGGAGAAAACAGUUGAGAUUCAUGUUUUGCAUAAGUUUGCACACAGUUUCUACGGUGCAGAUAUCUCAUUUGUGGUGUUAGGUUAUAUCAGACCGGAAUUGGAUUAUUCCACUUUGGAUGCCUUGGUAAAGGACAUUAAUAUGGAUAUAGACAUUGCUACAACCAUUUUACAAAAACCAGGAUAUGCCUUGUAUAAGGACCUUCUACUUUGA